UUACAGAGAAUAUUUCAGUCAUUCACAUUACAGAUGAACUGGAUAAGCCAUAGCUGAGAGCUUGAUACAGUGCAACAAGAGAUAGCACGCUUGGCAGGCUGAGAGAAGCAAGGCUGCAAUAAAAUGAAUGACAUGCAGAUUUGGAAAGAAGUGACUGUUUAGAAGCACAUAGUACAGUUUCUUGGCUGGAAGAAUCCCCUGUUCAUGAAGUGAGGGGGUGGAGGAGAGCGUGACGUCACCACCCCUCCAGUGAGCCUUGUCCCAGUGCUGGCUGCAGGCAGGGGAGGCAGGCACAGGGAAAGCCAGGCACUCUGCUAGACUGCUACUGCCAGUGCUACAGCCACAGAGCUCCACAACUUCUAUCAUUCCUGCUUUGCACAGACAUGUCUUGAAGACUUGGAUUUCCUCUCUUCCUUGGAUAUUUAUUACCCCACCCCACCCCCCACUCUUGUACUGGGGGCCAUUCUCUGGUCUUUCAUUGAUGUCCAAAGAUUAAGGAUAUUUUCCUGGUGAUGCUGAGACUGGAUGGUGGAUUUCCUGACGGUGUACUGGGCACUUAUUCCUUGGGGCUAUGCAAGAAAACAAGAGCAGCAAGAGAGAAAAGUUCUCACUUAGCAAAAGGUCGGCUAGCUGAAGCCGAUGGGCCAUCCGUAAAAUAACCGCAGCUCUGGGCGAUAAAUAAAACGAUCCAGCUGGUCUGGUGACUGUAUACUUCCUCCAUCAUGGGGGAGUACUUGACCAUGCUGCUCUUGCUGAUGUUACUACAACUCUUUGGUGACUGUGACGGUAGCCAUGGACUGCAUUCUCCUGCAUCAUUUCAGUUGACUCAGCACCUCUACAAUGCCACUAUCUAUGAAAACUCUGCUUCAAAGACUUAUGUGGGCCACCCGACAAAAAUGGGCAUGUAUCUUGACCCUUCAUGGGACAUCAAAUACAAAAUAGUCUCUGGAGAUAACGAGAACCUUUUUAAAGCAGAAGAGCAUAUUUUGGGAAAUUUUUGCUUCCUGAGGAUACGAACCAAGGGUGGUAACACAGCAAUUCUCAAUAGAGAGGUUAAAGAUCACUACCUCCUUUCUGUCAAAGCAGUUGAUAAGCACUCAAAUGCGGAAGCACGGACAAGAGUUAGAGUUCAAGUGCUGGACACGAAUGACUUGAGGCCAUUGUUUUCCCCCACCCUGUACAGUGUUUCUUUGCCUGAAAACACAGCAAUAAGGAGCAGCAUUGCUAAAGUUAGUGCAACAGAUGCUGAUAUUGGAACCAAUGGGGAGUUUUACUACAGUUUUAAAGAGAGAACUGACAUGUUUGCUAUCCAUCCAACUAGUGGUGCUAUUAUACUAACUGGAAGACUUGACUAUUCAGAGACCAAGCAGUACGAUAUGGAAAUUCUUGCAGUUGACCGCGGAAUGAAGUUGUAUGGAAGCAGUGGAAUUAGCAGUAUGGCGAGACUGGUUAUUCAUGUGGAACAAGCCAAUGAGCAUGCUCCUGUUAUCUCUGCUAUUACACGUACUCCUUCUGAGAUUGAAAAAGAUUUAACAUAUGCAAUUGUAACUGUGGAUGACAAUGACCAAGGAGCCAAUGGUGAAAUUGCCUCUUUGAGCAUUAUUGCUGGAGAUCCUUUACAGUAUUUUAAGACCAAUAGAACUUCUCCAGGAAGCAAGGAAUAUAAGAUUGUAGCUGUUAGAGAGAUUGAUUGGGCUACCCAACCAUUUGGCUUCAACUUGACCCUACAAGCUAAAGACAAAGGCUCCCCACCACAGUUUUCUUCCCCAAAAAUAAUCCAUGUGACCUCUUCACAAUUUAGUGGACCAGUAAAGUUUGAAAAAGAUGUUUACAGGGCUGAAGUAAGUGAGUUUGCUCCCCCUAACACACCUGUAGUUAUGGUUAAAGCAGUUCCAAGUCAUCCACACUUAAAGUAUGCAUUUAAGAAUGCAGCAGACAGAAACCGAUUCAGUUUAAAUCCCAAAACAGGUCUCCUUACAACCUUCAGCCCUCUUAAAGCAAAAGAGUCAUCCCACAUUGAACUGGAUGUUAUGACCAGUGACAAAAAAGCUUUCACAAAGGUGAUGAUAAAAGUGCUCAGCAUGAAUAGCAAUGCCCCUGAAUUCACCCAGACCUCAUAUAAAGCUGUAGUUGAUGAGAAUGUUCCAAUAGGCAGUCACGUCCUUACCGUUAAUGCUAUUGAUCAUGACGAAUUGGAGAAUGGAUACGUCACAUACAGCAUUGCAAACCUUAAUCCUGUGCCAUUCAUUAUUGAUGCUUUCUCUGGUGUGAUAAGCACUGCAGAAGAAUUAGAUUAUGAGCUGAUGCCGAGAGUCUAUACACUAAAAAUCAGGGCUUCGGACUGGGGUCUGCCUUAUCGCAGAGAAGUUGAAAUUCCUAUCACGGUGACUUUAAAUAAUUUAAAUGACAACAUACCAGUGUUUGAAAAGAUGAACUGUGAAGGUUCGGUCCCCAAGGAUCUUGGCAUUGGAGAGCAAAUAACUACUGUUUCUGCUAUUGAUGCUGAUGAGCUCCAGUUGGUAAAAUACAGAAUAGAGUCUGGAAAUGACUUUGAUUUAUUUACACUGAAUCCCAAUUCAGGAGUCCUAUCUUUGAAACAGUCUCUUUCAGAAGGGCCUGGAGCAAAAGUCUCCUUUCACAGUUUGAAGAUUGCCGCUACGGAUGGAGAAAACUUGGCUAAAUCAGUUUAUAUUAAUAUUACUGUGACUUCCAGCCGCAAGGUUGUUCAUUUAGAUUGUGAGGAAACUGGAGUUGCCAAAAUGCUUGCUGAAAAACUUCUACAGGCCAAUAAGUUAUUUAAUCGUGGAUCACUAGAAGAAACUUACUUUGACGUUCACUUGGCAAACUCACAUGUGCCUCAAUUUCCAAGCACGCAUCCAAGCAGAAUUGUAGUCAAGGAGAAUGUAGCUGUGGGAACACGUAUAAUCCAUAUGGGAGCUAAUGACCUUGAUUCUGGUUUCAACGGGAAGCUGGUCUAUACUAUUUCUGGAGGAAACAGUGAUAGCUGUUUCACUGUAGAUAUGGAUAAUGGUUGGAUACGGAUAUAUUCUCCACUUGACAGAGAGCUUAAAGACCAAUACACUCUGAAUAUCACCGUUUAUGACCUUGGAGUGCCACAGAAAUCAUCCUGGCAUCUCUUGGACAUCGAAGUACUUGAUGCUAAUGACAACCCACCUGAGUUUCUGCAGGAUAGUUACUUUGUUGAACUCAAGGAGAAUGAGGAAGGGGACCAUGCAAUUAUUAAAAUUGAAGCUGUUGACCGUGAUCUUGGAUCCAGUGGUGACGUGAGAUACUCCAUUCUCACAGACACUAAUACCUUUACAAUUGAUAGUGUUACUGGCAUAGUGAAAGCCGUGGAACCACUAGACCGAGAGAAGCAACAUAUGCAUUUGCUCAAAAUUCAGGCAAGAGACCAAGCGGAGAAUGAACCCCAAUUGUUUUCAAAUGUGCUUCUAAAAAUUUUAGUAGAAGACGUAAAUGAUAAUCCUCCUAUUUUUAUUCCAUCCAACUAUCAUGUUAAAAUCCGAGAAGACCUUCCUUUGGGAACUCUGGUUACUUGGAUAGAAGCCUAUGAUGCUGAUUUAGGACUUUCAGGUCAAGUUCGAUACAGCUUUUUGGAAACUGGAGAUGGAAAAUUUGAAGUAGAUAAACUUAGCGGAGCUGUACGGAUAAUACAAGAGUUAGAUUACGAAGACAAGCAGGUUUACAAUCUGACUGCCCGAGCAAAAGACAGAGGAAGACCUAUGUCAUUGUCCUCAACUUGUUACAUCAGCAUUGAGGUUAUUGAUGUUAAUGAGAACCUGCAUACACCAUUGUUUUCUAACUUUGUAAGCAAAGCAGCGAUAAGAGAAGAUGUUCCAAUUGGAACACCUGUGAUGACUGUUUCCGCUCACGAUGACGACUCGGGUCGUGAUGGAGAGAUUAAGUACUCUAUAAGGAAUGGAUCAGGAGUCGGCGUCUUUACAAUACAUGAAGACAAAGGUAUUAUACGGACCGCAGAUAUUCUUGACCGCGAAACGACUUCUCAUUACUGGCUGACAGUUUAUGCCACCGACCGUGGUGUUGUUCCCCUUUCAUCUUUUAUUGAGAUAUACAUUGAAAUUGAAGAUGUUAAUGAUAAUGCACCUCAGACGUCGGAACCUGUGUACUACCCGGAGGUCAUGGAAAACUCACCUAGGGACUUGUCUGUUGUACAGAUUACAGCAUUUGAUCCUGACUCCAGCUCUAAUGACAAGCUGACUUACAAGAUUUCAAGUGGAAACCCACAAGGAUUCUUCGCAAUAAAUCCAACGACAGGUCUAAUUACAACUACAUCAAGACGACUUGACCGGGAACAGCAAUCUGAACAUAUACUUGAGGUGACCAUUACUGACAAUGGGUAUCCUCCAAAAUCAACUGUCUGCCGGGUUAUUGCAAAGGUCCUGGAUGAAAAUGACAAUAAACCCCACUUUCUGCAAAAAUUUUACAAGAUCCAGCUUCCCGAACGUGAAAAGGUAGAGCGGGAGAAAAACGCCAAGAGAGACCCAAUCUACAGAGUCAUUGCUGUAGAUAAGGAUGACGGACCUAAUGCAGAAAUUUCAUACAGCAUUGAAGAUGGAGACGAGCAUGGCAAAUUCUUCAUUGAACCUAAAACUGGGGUCGUUUCCUCCAAGAAGUCCUCUAGUGCUGGAGAAUAUGACAUUAUUACAAUUAAAGCUGUUGAUAACGGGAGACCUCAGAAGUCAUCCAGCACUCGAUUACAUAUAGAAUGGAUUGCAAAGCCAACACAGUUGAUGGAACCAAUUGCCUUUGAAGAACCAUUUUUCACCUUCACUGUGAUGGAAACUGAUCCUGUAGCUCAUAUGAUUGGCGUGAUAUCUGCGCAACCUAUGGGCUCGCCAAUGUGGUUUGACAUUACCGGAGAUGACCUAUCUAGCGAAGUAUUUUACAUCCUUCAGAUGGCUUGUGACCCAAGCUGUGUAGCAGAAGGUGGAAACUACGACAGCAGGUUUGAUGUAGACAAGGGCACAGGAACCAUCAUUGUUGCGAGACCUCUCGAUGCAGAACAGAAAUCUAAUUACAACUUGACAGUGGAGGCAACAGAUGGGACAAGAUCUAUCAGUACACAGGUUUUAAUUAAAGUAAUUGAUACAAAUGAUCACCGGCCAGAAUUUUCUACCUCAAAGUACGAAGUGUUGAUCCCGGAAGAUAUUCAACCAGAGACUGAGGUUUUGCAAGUCGUCGCCUCAGACAAAGAUGAGAAAAAUAAACUGAUUUACACUUUGCAAAGCAGCACCGACCCCGUUAGUCUGAAGAAGUUUCGAAUAGAUCCUGCCACCGGUUCUCUGUACAUUGUUGAAAAGCUGGAUCACGAAUCAAUGCAGCAGCACAUUCUUACAGUAAUGGUGCGAGAUCAAGAUGUUCCCGUCAUGCGCAACUUCGCCAGAAUUGUUAUUAAUGUGACUGACACCAAUGACCAUGCCCCCUGGUUUACAAGCUCUUUCUAUGAAGGUCGAGUCUAUGAAUCAGCUGCUAUUGGUUCCGCUGUGCUCCAAGUGACUGCACUAGACAAAGACAAGGGGAAGAAUGCUGAGGUUGUGUAUUCUAUUGAGUCAGGAAACACCGCAAAUGCUUUUUCAAUUGACCCAGUUUUAGGGAUUAUUAAGACCGCAAAAGAACUUGAUCGACACACUCAAGGUCAAUACGACUUGGUGAUCAAAGCUUCAGAUAAUGGAAUACCUACUAUGAGUCAGAUUACAUCUGUCCAUAUCCUUGUGACUGUGUCUGACAAUGCAGCACCUAAAUUUAUGAAAAAGGAAUACUCUGCUGAAAUCAGUGAAUCUGCGCGAAUUGGUAGUUUUGUCGCAAUGCUUUCUACUUACAGCCAAUCUUCGGUCGCCCAUGAAAUAAAGGAUGGAAAUAUAAUGAAUGUAUUUGAUAUCAACCCAAAUUCUGGCGUUGUCAUCACUCAGAAGCAUCUUGAUUAUGAAACGGCACCAUCAUACACGCUUACCGUUCAAGCAACAAACAUGGCUGGUCUGUCAACAAAUAUGACUCUUGUUGUGUAUCUUCGCGAUGAGAAUGACAACUUUCCCAUCUUUGUACAAACAGACUACAGAGGGCUCAUCAGUGAAUCUGCACCAGCCAACAGCGUUGUCUUAACUGCUGAAAACUCUCCGUUGGUAAUUAGGGCCACUGAUGCUGACAGAGAAUCAAAUGCUUUGCUUGUUUAUCAGAUUGUCGAGCCAUCUGUCCACAAAUAUUUUGCCAUUGACCCCAGCACUGGUUCAAUACGCACUUUAGUCAGCUUGGAUUAUGAACAAACAAAUAUAUUCCAUUUCACAGUGCAAGUGCACGACAUGGGCUAUCCACGGUUAUUUGCAGAACAUGCUGCCAACGUUACUAUAUAUGUUGUAGAUAUGAAUGAUUGUGCUCCUGUGUUUUCAAGAGAUGUCUAUGAAGCCUCCAUUUUGAUACCAACCUAUAAGGGAGUGCGGGUGGUUAAAGUUAAUGCCACAGAUGAUGAUUCUGGAUCUUUCGCUGAAAUUAUGUAUUCUAUAGUUGAAGGUAACAUUGGGGAGAAAUUUGCCAUUGACCCGUUAAAAGGAAUUAUAACUGUCCAAAACACAUCUCCAUUAAGGAGCCGUUAUGAGCUAACUGUACGAGCUUCCGAUGGGCGCUUCUCUAGCCUUGCGUCUGUGAAAAUCAAUGUGAAAGAAAGCAAAGAAAGUCCUCUGAAAUUUACGCAACAAUCUUACUCUGCAGCUGUCAAAGAGAACAUUACCCAGAUAAAAACGUUGACUGUCAUUAAUGCAGUUGGUAAUCGGAUGAACGAGCCUCUGUUUUUCCACAUUCUUAACCCAGACAUUCGAUUCAAAGUUAGCCACACUUCUGGAGUACUUUCAACUACAGGGAUACCAUUUGACCGGGAACAGCAAGAUUUGUUUGAGAUAGUUGUAGAAGUUACUGAUGAACAGAAACCCCCACGGGUAGCACAUGUGUUGGUGAAAAUAGUUGUUGAAGACAUAAAUGACAACCGCCCCAUUUUUGUAAACCUGCCCUAUUAUGCAAUGGUUCAAGCGGACGCUGAAUUGGGUCAUGUCAUCCGCCAUGUUACUGCUGUGGAUAAAGACAUUGAUAAAAAUGGAGAGAUACAUUUCUAUUUAAAAGAACUUUCAGAAAAUUUCCAAAUUGGACCAUCUGGCGCAAUCUCAUUAAAAAAGCAGUUUGAUCCUGAUGCCUUUAACAAAGAAUACUUCAUAACUGUGGUAGCAAAAGAUGGAGGGAGCCCAUCAUAUUCUGCAGAGGUUGUUGUACCAAUUACAGUAAUGAAUAAAGCAAUGCCUGUAUUUGAAAAGCCUUUCUACAGUGCACUGAUAGCUGAAAAUGCCCAACUCCACAGCCCUGUAGUGCACCUGCAAGCCAACAGCCCAGAAGGUCUUCGAAUAAUAUACAGCAUCACAGAUGGUGACCCAUUCAAUCAGUUUAAUAUUAACUUCAACACAGGUGUAAUCAGUGUUGUUGCACCCCUUGAUUUUGAAUCCCAUCCAGCGUAUAAGCUAAGAGUGCGAGCAACAGAUUCUGUCACUGGAGCUCACGCCGAAGUUUUUACUGAUUUUAUCCUGGAGGAUUUCAAUGACAAUUCACCGGUGUUCCAGCAGAGAGCAUAUGUUGCCACCAUGUCUGAGGCUUCUGUUGUCGGAACACCUGUUGUGCAGGUGAAGGCCACCGAUGCAGACUCUGGGACAAACAAAGCAGUUUCUUAUCAUAUAGUGAGUAACCCUAGCAAUUGUUCCCAGUACUUUCAUAUUGACAGCAGCAGUGGACAGAUUGUUGUUGCAAAGCCUUUGGAUUAUGAGUACUUGCAUGUAUACAGUUUCUUAGUAAGGGCAGUCGACAGUGGGAUUCCUCCUUUAAGCAGUGACACCACUGUAAGUGUCCACGUUACUGAUCUCAAUGAUAAUCCUCCUGAAUUCACCCAACCACUUUAUGAAGCUAAAAUUAGUGAGCAUUCAAGACCAGGAAGUUUUGUAACGUGUGUAAAAGCUACUGAUGCAGACAAUUCUGAUGUUGAGAAGUUAGAAUAUUCUAUAGUUUCUGGAAAUGAAGAUAUGAAUUUUCUUAUUGACAGUAAAAGUGGAAUAGUAAGUGUUUCACAUUUGCGGAAAGAAAUUCUGAAUGCAUUCUAUAUCCUCAAUAUCUCCGUUUCCGAUGGUGUUUUCAGAAGUUCAGCUCCGGUACGUAUUGCUGUAACGAGUGCUAAUUUACAUAGUCCUACAUUUGGACAGAGUCAAUAUGAAGUGGAGCUUUCAGAGAACUCUCCAGUGCAGUCCCUUGUCACGGAACUUAAAGCUGUAGAUGAAGACACAGGAAUCUAUGGGCAUGUCUCUUAUCACAUCAUAAACGAGUUUGCAAAGGAUAACUUCUACAUUAAUGAGAAAGGACAGCUGUUUACAGCAGAAAAGCUUGACCGAGAAAGUCCGACCAGCAAAGUCAUUCCAAUAAGCAUAAUGGCAAAGGAUGGGGGUGGGAAAGUGGGGUUCUGUGUUGUCAAUGUCAUUCUCACAGAUUCCAAUGAUAACGAUCCAAAGUUCCGUGCCACAGAGUACAAACUAAGCAUUGCAUCGGAUAUACCUCGAGGUACUUCAGUUGCUAGAAUUAUGGCUUCAGAUGGCGAUGAGGGGGCAAAUGCCGAUAUAUCUUAUAAGAUCGAAGCAAAGUCUGAAAGUGUGGAAGAAAAUUUUGAAAUCAGUCAAUACUCUGGAAUCAUUAACACAAAGGAAAGCUUAGUUGGAUUAGAAGAUCAAGACUUUUCGUUUUUUGUUAAAGCAACGGAUGGAGGGUCACCGCCAAGAGAGAGUAUCAUCCCUGUCUUUAUUAGAAUUCUGCCAACCGAAGUGCAGCUGCCAAAGUUUUCAGAGCCAUUCUAUACCUUAAGUAUCUCGGAAGACACGCCAAUUGGUACAGAGCUUGAUGUCAUCAGAGCAGAAAGUAGCCAGCCCAUAAUAUAUCAGCUCAUGAAAGGAAACACACUUGAAAGUAAUGUUGAUGACAUCUUUGUUAUAGAUAAGCAAAAUGGCAGACUAAAACUUGAAAAGGAAUUGGAUCAUGAGUCAACAAAAUGGUACCAGUUUUCAGUGUUGGCGCAAAACAUUCAUGGGGAGCAUGAGGUCAUCUCUUCUGUGGAUGUUAAUAUUCAGGUUAAAGAUGCCAAUGACAAUAAACCCAUUUUUGAGGCAAAUCCGUAUGAGGCUUUUAUUGUUGAAAAUCUUCCUGGAGGCUCUAAAGUCAUCCAAGUUAAAGCUGUAGAUAUGGAUUCAGGAAUCAAUAAGUAUGUCUCCUAUAUGUUGGCACCGUUACAAGACCCCCAAGAAGUUAAAGACCAUUUCUCUGUGGACCCGGAAACUGGGUGGGUCACCACUCUUGGUGAGCUUGAUCAUGAGAAAAGGAACAAGUACAACAUUGUAGUAGUUGCUUACGAUCAUGGGGAUAAAGUGCUGUCAUCAUCUACUGUAAUUGAAGUUACGGUGAUGGAUGUGAAUGACAACCCGCCACGUUUCACUGCAGAAAUAUAUAAAGGCACAGUGAGUGAGGAUGACCCUCCAGGUGGUGUGAUUGCUAUCCUGAGCACCACAGAUGAGGACACUGAGGAUAUCCACAAAGAAGCCACAAUGUAUAUUACAGGAGGGGAUCCUCUUGGGCAGUUUGGUAUUAAAAACAUGCAGCAUGAAUGGAAGGUUUAUGUUAGAAAACCACUGGACAGAGAAGUGAAGGACAACUAUCUAUUAAACAUAACUGCAACAGAUGGAACGUUCUCCAGCAAAGCUGUGGUUGAAGUGAAGGUCCUUGAUGCUAAUGACAAUAGUCCAGUCUGUGAAAAGGAUUCCUAUGCUGAGACCAUUUCUGAAGAUGCACUUUCUGGGAAAGUAAUCCUCCAAGUUUCAGCCAGCGACGCCGACAUUCGCUCUAAUGCUGAAAUCAUUUACACACUGCAUGGUCGCGGCUCCGAGAAAUUCCACCUCAAUCCAUUUACAGGGGAAUUGAUGACCUCCUCACCGCUUGACCGCGAGAUCCAGGAGCUCUACCACCUCAUAGUGAAGGCGACAGAUGGAGGCGGUCAUUUCUGUGAAGCUACUGUGGAGUUGACAUUGGAAGAUGUGAAUGACAAUGCCCCCGAGUUUUCUGCAGAUCCUUAUACUGUUACUGUAUUUGAAAACACUGAACCAAAAACCCCACUCGCAAGAGUCCAGGCCAUGGAUGCUGAUGCAGGCCUUAAUCAUAAGGUGCAGUAUUCAUUAAUCCACUCGGCAGAAGGUCAAUUCUCCAUUGAUGAGUUGUCUGGAAUAAUUAGUUUGGAAAGACCUCUAGACCGGGAGCUGCAAGCCGUAUACACCCUAACUGUCAAAGCUACUGACCAAGGGUUGCCUCGGAAACUCUCCUCCGUUGCAAAGGUUGCGGUGUCAGUUUUGGACAUUAAUGAUAAUCCACCAGUCUUUGAACAUAGGGAAUAUGGUUCAACUUUGGCAGAAGAUGUGGCUGUCGGAACAGAAGUUCUCCAGGUGUAUGCCACCAGCAGAGAUAUUGAAGCCAAUGCAGAAAUUUCAUACCAAAUUAUCAGUGGCAAUGAGCAUGGAAAGUUCAGUAUAAAUCCAGUGACAGGAGUUCUAUUCAUAAUUGAAAGCCUGGACCAUGAGACCUCCGCGGAGUAUUAUUUGACAGUAGAAGCCACAGAUGGUGGGACCCCGCCUCUCAGCGAUGUGGCCACUAUCAGCAUAAAUGUAACAGAUGUAAAUGAUAACUCGCCAAUUUUCAGCCAGAACAUGUACAAUGCUGUGGUUGGUGAAGAUGCUGUGUCUGGACAGUCUGUCUUAAUGGUUGUUACAGAUGAUGCCGAUGGACCUUUGAACAGCCACAUUCGCUACUCAAUUACAGAUGGCAAUCUUGGGAAUACCUUUAUCAUAGAUCCUGUAAGAGGCGAAGUUAAAGUGAAUAAACUUUUAGAUAGAGAGAAGAUUUCUGGUUACACGUUAACUGUUCAAGCAGAAGAUAAUGGCAUUCCACCCAGAUUUAACAUUACCACCGUCAACAUUGAUGUGUCCGACGUGAAUGACAAUCCUCCUUUGUUCUCUAAAGGGAAUUACAGCAUUAUUAUUCAGGAAAAUAAGCCGAUUGGCUUUAGUGUCCUGCAGCUGGUGGUGACAGACAAGGAUUCGUCUCACAACGGCCCUCCUUUUACGUUCACAGUUCUGAGUGGAAACGAGGAUAAUACUUUUCAGAUUAACCAGCUAGGAGUACUGACAACUGCAGCUGCGCUGAACCGGAAAACCACCGAUCACUUUUUACUUCAAGUCCAGGUGACGGAUAACGGUAAACCAUCAUUGUCAUCAACAACGAAUAUUGAUGUGCGAGUGAUUGAAGAGAGUAUCUACCCUCCGGCAAUUCUACCGCUAGAAAUAUACAUUACAACAUUCGGGGAAGAGUAUGCAGGAGGCGUGAUUGGAAAGAUUCAUGCAACAGACCAGGAUGUUUAUGACACACUGACUUACAGUCUGGAUCCCAAGGUGGAAAACAUCUUCUCCGUUUCGAGCACUGGGGGCAAGGUGAUAGCACACAGGAAGCUGGAUGUGGGCCAGUAUUUGCUAAAUGUCAGUGUGACUGAUGGAAUGUUUACGACAUCAGCUGAUAUCACCGUUCAUAUCAAGCAAAUUACACAAGAGUUGCUCAAUCACAGCAUAGCAUUCCGUUUCUCCAACCUCUCCCCAGAGGAAUUCGUUGGGGAUUACUGGCGAAACUUUCAAAGAACUUUGAAAAACAUUUUGGGUGGGCGGAAAAUUGAUGUUCAGAUCCUCAGCUUGCAACCUUCUGACCCACCUGCAAACCUUGAUGUCCUGCUGGCUGUAGAUAAGCCUGGCAGCACACAUUUUGCACCUAAGCUUCUUAUCCAAAAGAUAAAUUCCUCUAUCGCCGAUAUUGAAGACUUCAGUGGCGUUAAAAUACUUGAGGUCUUCCAUAAGCUUUGUGCUGGCAUGGAUUGUCCCCUGAGAUUUUGUGAUGAGAAGAUAUCUGUAGAUGAGAAUGUCAUGUCAACACACAGUACUGCACGGCUGAGCUUUGUGACACCGCGACACCUGAGGAGAGCUGUAUGCUUGUGCAAAGGAGGAAAGUGUCCCAUAUUAAAUCGUAUUUGUGAAGCCAAUCCAUGUCCUGACGGUAUGGAAUGUGUUGUGGAUGCAAAAGAAGAGACAUACAAUUGCAUUUGCCCAGAUGGCCGACAGUGCAACAUUGGCUCAUCGGUUACAUUCACUGGGAACAGCUACAUAAAAUACAGAUUGUUGGAAAAUGAGAACAAGGAAGAAAUGAAGCUCACAAUGACGCUUAGAACGUAUUCUGCUCAUGCUGUUGUCAUGUACGCCAGAGGAACAGACUAUAGCAUCCUCGAGAUCCAAGGCGGAAAGCUGCAGUAUAAAUUUGAUUGCGGCAGUGGUCCUGGAAUCGUGUCUGUCCAGAGCAUCCAUGUUAAUGAUGGGCACUGGCACACUGUGUCAUUAGAGGUGGAUGGGAACUAUGCCAGGCUGGUUUUAGAUCGUGUCCAUACUGCAUCUGGCACUGCACCUGGCACCCUCCGAACACUCAAUCUCGACAAUUACGUGUUUUUCGGAGGCCACAUGCGCCAGCAAGGAAUGAAACAUGGAAAAAUCUCUCAAGUCAGCAAUGGUUUCAGAGGCUGUAUGGACUCGCUGUCUCUAAAUGGUCAGGAGCUCCCUCUUCAUACUAAAUUAAAGAACUCUGCAAUCAUCGAAGAGUCUGUGGAUGUUACCCCAGGAUGUUCGCUGACCGCUGCUGAUGCCUGUUCUGCCAAUCCCUGCCACAAUGCUGGGGUGUGCUCCCCUUUGCCCAGUGGAGGUUACUAUUGUAAAUGUACAUCAUUAUUCAUGGGCACACACUGUGAGAUCGCCAUCAAUCCUUGUGCAGCCAACCCCUGCUUGUAUGGUGGGACUUGCAUUGUCAUGAAGGAUGACUUUAUCUGCCACUGCAGGGGAGAUUAUACUGGCCAGAGGUGUCAGUUGGGCCCAUUCUGUAAAGACAAUCCUUGUAAGAAUGGCGGCAAAUGCAUAGACAGCUUAGAUGGCCCUGUAUGCGAGUGUGAAGCUGGUUUCCACGCAGAAAGGUGCCAGAAUGAUGUUGAUGAAUGCCAAGAUAACCCAUGCCCUAAUGGUGCCCUUUGUGAAAACACUUAUGGCUCUUAUAAUUGUAACUGCAGUCAUGGGUAUGGUGGAAAACACUGCACAGAGAUUGCUCUUAACAAAUAUGUUUCAACUUCCUGGAACAUUGGGUUGGCUGAGGUCAUUGGGAUUAUAGUCUUCAUAGCGGGUAUCUUCUGUAUUGUUGUGAUCUUUGUUGUAUGCCGUGUAGUGGCCAGCAAGAAAAAGAAAAGGCAGCAGGAACCUGAAGAUAAACAUUCCGGAGCUACUUCAGCAUUUUUACAAAGACCAUUUAUGGAUCCUAAACUAAACAAGAAUAUCUAUUCAGAUAUCCCACCCCAGGUGCCGGUCAGGCCCAUAUCCUACACUCCGAGCAUUCCAAGUGACUCUAGAAAUAACCUGGACCGAAACUCAUUUGAGGGGUCCACCAUUCCAGAACACCCAGAGUUCAGCACUUUCAAUCCAGACUCCAUGCAUGGACAUAGAAAAGCAGUAGCUGUGUGUAGCGUUGCUCCAAACCUGCCACCUCCACCUCCAUCCAAUUCUCCAUCAGAUUGCGACUCAAUACAAAAGCCAAGUUGGGACUUUGACUAUGAUGCUAAGGUUGAUCUUGACCCAUGUCUUUCGAAGAAGUCUCUUGAUGAAAAGCCUUGUCAUCUAUACAAUCCCCGUGAAAGCAUGUCUGAGAUUCAGUCUCUUAGUUCCUUCCAAUCAGAAUCUUGUGAUGAUAAUGCUUCCAUUGUGACAGUAAUACACCUUGUCAAUUCUGUUGUUGACUCGGUGGAAAAUGAAGAGUCUUUUGCAGUUCCUGAAGUCAGGAAUUCAAGAGGUUAUCACUGGGAUACUUCAGACUGGAUGCCUAGUGUCCAACUGCCGGAUAUUCAGGAAAACCCACAUUAUGAAGUUGUUGAAGAACCUGGUCUACACUACACUGACCCUAAUGUGAUAGACACCGAUUAUUAUCCUGGAGGCUAUGAUAUAGAAAGUGACUUCCCACCUCCACCGGAAGACUUUCCUUUGCCAGAUGAGCUUCCACCACUGCCUUCUGAGUAUACUGAACAGUUCAAUUCAAUGCAGCCACCGAGAGAAAUGGCUUCUGUAGGCAGCUUAGGUUCAUCAACAAAGAGUAGGCAGAGAUACAAUCUGAAUACAUACCUUCCACAACACCAAUAUCCAGCGAGUAAGUCAGAACCUCAAAGCACCACCAGUGGAGAUGGCAAUGGUUACAGAGAGCCUCGUUCUUCUCCCUACGUGCUAGGGUAUGGUAUAGACUUUCACGUCCCCAUGGUGGAUAACAUGUCCAUGUCGGAGUACACUUCUGCAGCUUCAUGCACUGACGUGUCUGCAUGCUGUGAAAUGGAAUCUGAGGCCAUAAUAAGUGACUAUGAAAGUGGAGAUGAUGGCCACUUUGAAGAUGUGACAAUUCUUUCCCUGGAAUCCCAACAUCACACCGAAGUUUAACACCAUUAAAAGUGCCUGGACAUUUGUUAGCAUCAUAAUUUCAUAGUAUAAUGUUAUCUGUUCAGUAUAUAUUUUUCUUUUCUUUUCAUGUUCUGUAGCAUAAAUUUUUGUUGCUUUAUUUUUAAUCAUUUGGUGUCCUCUAUCUGGCAUAUCUGCAGUGCGUCAUGCCAUGUGUACAAUGUAUUUCAUUCCCAGAUGUACAAUAAUGAAGACAAAUAGACCAUUUGGGUAGGCUAUUUUCACUCCAUUUUUUUUUUUAGCUAUUUUUCUUUUUUUUUUUGGACCAUAUGUAUUUUUUUAUUUUAUUUUUUUUAGGAAAAAAUACCACUACAUCAUGGUAGCAUGACGUGUAUUUAUAAAGUUUUAAAUAUAAUUUGAACUUUUUUUUUUCCACUUGUAAAUGUAAUGUACAGUUUUGAUUUCAAUAGCAUUAACUAGAUUUUGUAGAUAUUUUGUGGAUUAAUUUCCCUUUUGAACACAAGCUAUUUCAAGGUUUGCCCUUUAUACUAGCUAGCAGAUUGUUCCAAUAACCAGGGCUUACUGUAUCUCUUUAUUCCACUGAGGUUUUGACUUCUGAAAUUGAACAAUUUCCAGAUGUAUCUACAGUAACAUCUGCAUAUAAUUGACGCUAAGUCUGACGCUACAAAGCAAAAGUGAAAGGUGUCUUUCAGAGUCUGUAUUUCAGAAAUGUUUCCCUUCUUGGAAAGUGUAAUGGGGACCCACUGCAUACCUGUUUAGAACCAAAAUUAACAUGACACGGUUUUUAUGGUGUCUGUAUAUUUGUGAUGCAAUGGUCUUGUAAAGGUUUUUACUGAAAACUACCAUUAGCCAGUCUUUCUUACUGACAAUAAAUUAUUUAAAAAAACAAUAAA